AUGCAUCGAGCAUGUCGACACAUCUUGCUCUUCGUGGCUCUGCUGCUGCUGGAUGUCAGCAAAUGGACGGACCAGAUCGUUCCUGGUGGGGAUCGGACGGACGGGAAGCCAUCUAGGGGAGUGCUGCUGUGUGCAGCAGGCAUCAUCGCUAAGAGCGACCUCACUAUGUGUGUGGCUGAUGGGGGGGUUGCUGCUGGAACAGUGCCUGGGGGAGGUUGGGGAGGAGGGGAGCAGCAGCAGCCGAGUUACAUACCAGACGGGGCCAAGUCGGUCAAGUGCAGGAAGAAGAUUGUGCUGUCCCUUGCUGUCUCCAACGGUCAUACGCUUGGGACAGAGGCAAUAGAAGCAGUGCUGACUCGAGUCAGUGACAGCACAGGCGGCGCUGCUGGUGGAAGGAAUGGAGACAGCAGCAAGGGAGAAAACACCACCAAGGGCAGGGACGGCGGAGGAGGGGGAGAGAGCAGCAGCAUGAGAGCGAACGGCGGAGGAGGGAAUGGCACUGUGGCAGGAGGAGGGGAGGGAGUGGAGAGGCGGUUGGCAGACCCUGUGAAGAUCACGGUGGUGAAGACACCGGUAUAUGCCGUGUACCCUCUCACGUUCCUGCAGUCCUUCAAUGGCCGGCCAUACGAGGUGGUGGUGACUACAACGGGGUGCAGGGACGGUGCAUAUGACAGCGACCCCACGUGCGGCUGGUUCCUCUACCCAGAUGGCACAAGAGUGCCCAACAGCCAGGGGUUCUGCUGCAGUUGCAGUGGUGGUGACACGUGGAAAGACUCCAUUGGUCUGGACAAUCCGCAACAGUUCAGGGCUGACCUGGACUGUAGCCUGUGGCGGCAGAAGCUGUUUUUUGGAGGAGUGCCCUCGAGUUCUCACUGCCUUCGGUUCAAUGACACCUGGUACCCCACGUACCGCAUAGGCGUGGCGUCUCUGGUGUUCCAGAUCCAGAUCACCAUCAGCAAGCUGUUCUCUGACUCGCACGAGCAGGAAACGCUCAUCCUCUCGCCCAUGGCCCCAGUCGCAGUCAACCCCUCUCAAUCGCUCUCAGCCACUCUGGUGGGGGACUUCCUGACCUACACGCAGCUGCCGAACCUGAGUGAUCGCCUUCUGUCCGUGCCCCUUCAGCCAGGAUCUCCCACGUUUGGCCGAUUCACCUCCGACACGUCAGGCUGGCUGCUAGUGGACAAGGAGCGCUACUCGCUGGACGGCAGCGAGUGCAACAAGGUGGGCACCAGCUUCAGCGCCUUCCGCUUUGAGCCCGAGCGCUGCCAGCGCUCUGUGGGCUCCUGCCUCUCCAAUCAGCUGCUGGAUUUCGCCCAGGAGGACGCCCAGCGAGUGGCGCAGGGCCUUGACCCCAUCCACGCGCUGUCGUCACUGGGACCCAUCACCACCCUGGAAAGCCCAAACGGCUCUCUGAGCAUUGCCCUGGUGGUGACUCAGCGACUCAACUCCCUCAUCACUCUCGAGAUUGCUGCUGAUGACGUCACCUUCAUCAAGAACAGGAGCCCCGGUCGCAUAGUGUCUGUGGCGGCGCCUCUGUUUGAAGCCAUGUCCAGCGAGGGGCGGGUGGACAUCAAGGUUACCAACAACGGCUCUCUGGAUGCGGAUUUCACCCUCACGAUUCAGAAUUGCUCCUCGGGGGUUCUCCCAAUACCAGCACAGGAGCGCAGCAUAGCAGCAGGAGCAACAACCAGCUUCACCUUUCUGCUGCAACUCCAAGAUUCCCUUGCCUCGCAACGCUCCUGCCUUGUGGUCCUAUAUGAUGCCAUCUCAUCGGUCGCUGACGUGGCGCCCCUCGCAUUCACCACCAAUGCCACGGUGGACAACCGGGGAGCGCAGAGUGGGCAGUCGGAUGGCAAGGCCAUCCAGAACACAACACUCUUCUCCCCACGCCCUGGCUCGUCGUCCUCCUCCUCUUCCUCGUCGCGUUCAAGUGACAAUUCAUGCAGCUUCUCCUGCCCGUCAUUCUUCGGCAUGGCCUGCUUCGUCACGCAUGCCUGCUGGGGUCGUUUCGCCGGAGCCAUAGCAGUCAUGCUCAUCAUCCUCGCAGCUCUCAUCACCUUGGCCCUGCUUCAUCGCUCCGGUGUGCUCCUCCCCGCCCUCGCCCUCCCCUUCUCCCUCCUCCACUCCGCUCUCAAGGCCCUCCCCCCUCCUCCGUCCGCCUCACCCUCUCUUCUUCCCACGGAUCCUGCUGCUGCUGGGGAAGGAGGGGCGCAAGGGAAUGGGGUGGGGGGAACGCAUGAGAGUGGGGCAAUUUGGGCCACUCCUGGUGGUGGGUAUGCAGAGGUCACAAUGCGCAAGCUACGUGUCCUGAUCGUGGGAGCCGGUAUCGGCGGCUGCACGCUCUCCCUCGCGCUCCGCCAGAUCACCGCGCGCACGCUCCCCGCCAUCCUCCAACGCGCUUCUACACCCGCCGCCUCCUCCUCCGCUACAGCCGCCGCUGCCGGCUCCGCCGCGCCCUUACCCCCCGCGUCGCCCGCCGAGUCGCUGUUUGAGGCGACGGUGUUCGAGCAGGCGCCACAGAUCCAGGCGGUCGGCGCGGGGCUGUCUCUGGGAGCCAAUGGGCUGCGGGUUUUGGACGGACUCGGGCUGUAUGAGAAGAUCCAGAACCUGAGUGGGCCCAUCUCCUCGCUGCACACAUACACGGAAAGUGGCAGGAAGCUUCGCACCUUUGACUAUUCAUUCAUGUCCAAGCGCUACGGCUACCCUAUGAUGGCACUGGAGCGAGCAGAGCUGCAGGGCCUGCUGGUGCACGAGGUGAUGUCAGGCGCUGAGUCAGCAUCCGUGCCGCCCAUUCUGUUCAACAAAAAGUGCAUCUCCGUGCAGAACCUUGGGCCAGGGAAAGGCGUGCGAGUGCAUUUCGAGGAUGGCACGUGUAAGGUGGGCGAUGUGGUGGUCGGAGCAGAUGGGGUGAAAUCAGCCGUCCGUUCUGCUGUCAUGCCACGUCAUGAUCCACAUGACCGGAAGCCAAGCCGUGGCUCAGCUGCCUACAGCGGAAUCUCCUGCAUCCUCGGAGUCACCUCCUCAGUUCCCGACUGGCUUAAAGGCAGCGCCUACUGGGUUCUCGGGCCAGGCAAGGUCUAUGGCACAUGGAGCAUGGGUCGAGACAAGCAGUACUGGUUCCUAUCGGAACAGGAGCUGAUUACUGCGGAUAACCUCGCUAUGUGGACACCGAGUGACGCUUUAAAGGGGAUGGACGACAUGUGGAACUGGUUUCAUCCGUACGAUGCUCAUGCGAUGUUUUCCCGGACCGUUCGGGCAGAAUUCGGCAAUCUGGUUCUCUUAGCGUCGCUCGAGCUGCACGGUUGCCGCUCCCUGGCGUCGUUUCCAGACUCCUUCAGUCAGCUUUUUAAUCUGGGCCGUCUCUCCGUCAGCAACUCUUCCAGGUUGCAGCUGCCGGCCUCUCUCACCGGACUCUCGUCUCUCACUGCCUUGGAGCUUCGAGAUUGCGAGUUUUCCCUCCCGCCACCCGUCGAUUUUCCUCAACUGUCGAGGCUCGAAACUCUCAUCAUGGAAGAAGUAACGGGACUGCACGAACUUAUCGAGGCUCUGGAGCAUCUACGGCGGCUCAAGACUGUAAUUUUGAAAAACUGCAUCGAAAUCACGUCUCUGCCGGAGUCGCUUUUCCGCCUGCCUUCACUCACCAGUCUCGCUCUUCACAUGUCAGAAGUAUCAGCUCUGCCUGACGAUAUUGGGCGCUUGUCCAAGCUACAGACACUCGUGCUGGAGUUGGAAGAACUCAUAACUCUUCCUGAUUCCAUCACUCUGGUUACCACGCUCCAAGAGCUCUCUCUCGAAAACCUUUUCCACCUGUCGUCACUGCCCGAGGACUUCGGGCAGCUGAUUGCUCUUCAAAAGCUGCACCUGAUCAACCUUGGCCAGCUCACAGGCCUGCCUGAUUCCAUCGGGCAGUUGACAACUCUCCGGGAGCUCAAAGUCGUUGAUUGUAGGCAGCUGAAGCAACUUCCUGACACCCUAUCCCGGUUAUCUUCUCUCGAGCACCUGACGAUCGAGAGUUGUCCGGGCCUCAAGGUGCUGCCAGACGAAAUGGGGAGCGGUAUGAAGCGGUUGCGCUAUCUACAUCUGGUGCACUGCUCUUCUCUCACCCACCUUCCUCCGUCUUUCUCCGCCCUGACGUCCCUCGAAACCCUCAAGAUCAUGCGAGCUAAGCGCUUCAGAGGCGCCCUAUUGGACGGCUUUUGCUGCCUGACAAGCCUUAAGGAGUUGGUGCUGCAAGACAUGCCUCGCCUGGCUGCCCUUCCUGCUUCCUUCUCAGGCGUUUUCUCACUCACCAGCCUGGAGAUUAUCAAUUGCCCUAAAGUACCGGAUUUUCCUGAGGGGAUCGGACGGCUGGAGGCGCUCGAGGAGGUCAGAAUCGCACGGAUGGACGGCUUGAAGCGUCUUCCUGCGUCGCUGGUUGAGCUGCCCCGAGUUCGGGUGUUGGAGGUGCGGGUAUGUGAUGGGAUCGGCGCGUUGCUAGGGGAUGAGAUAGUGCUGAAACGCACUGCCAAAGGAUCUUCGGUGAUCUUCAACAGCACCGCCAGCAGCAGCAGCAGCAGCAGCGGCACCAUCUGCAGGAAACUUCUUCCAUCCGUUCGAAGCCUCAAGAUUAAGUCUCUCCCUUUCUUAACCAUCGGCCCGUCCCUUGGCCAGCUCUCCUCUCUAACGAAGCUGAAGCUGAUAGAAAUGGACAACCUAAUAGCCCUUCCUGAAUCCAUCUCUCGACUCUCACAGCUGAAAAAGCUCCGGAUCGAUUUUGCCUUGAAAAUUGAGGCACUGCCGCACAGUUUGGGAGGGCUGUCAGGGCUGCGGGUCUUGCAACUGCGCUACUUGGCGAUACGGGAGCUGCCCGAGUCUUUGGGGCAGCUGAAAAUGCUCGAGACACUGGAAAUUAUUGACUGUGACAAGCUGAAGAAACUUCCGGGAUCCUUUGGGAAACUGUCCAAAUUACAAGUCUGUAUCUUCACCAAGCUUGCGAUCUCAACAUUUCCAGGGAAUUUCUGGAAGCUUUCUUCCCUCCAAGAGUUGGUGCUCCUGGGUCUGAAGCAUGUCCGCAGCUUGCCAGAGUCGUUCUCUAGGCUGCCUAAGCUACAGGUGCUGGUGGUGUGUGCGUGCCAAAAGCUGGCUCACCUGCCGUCUUCUCUCUGGGGAAUGCCGACAUUGCGUGAGUACGACGUUAGCGAAUGCCCUUUGCUUUCACGGGCAGACAGGAGGGGGUUUCGUGCAAGGGCGGGCGAGGAGGAUGAUGAGGAAGAAGAGGAAGAGGGAGUGGCGGUUGGUGAAGGAGAGGAGGAGGGAGGAGAGGAGGAGGAGGCCGAGGGAGAGGAGGGAACAGAAGUGGCGGUGGAAGGGGAAGAGGCGGAGAGGGAGGCAGAGGAGGAGGAUGCAGAGAGUGAUGGUGAGGACUGGAAUAUCCACCAUGAGUAUGGGUUUGACAGUGAAGAUGAUAGGGAUGAUGAUUAUGGAGGCUGGGGGGCAAGCGAUGAGGAUGAGGAGUAA